UGUACACAACUCCUAUUUACCGCUUCACAACUGAUGAUUACCACCUUUCCACUUGGUUAGGAACGCCGCAUUAUUAUAUUCGCAGAACGCCUCACUCGCUUUUGGGUUGGGUUGCCGACGUUUGUAAAUUCAACCGAUACCUUUCCUAGUGGGCAAGUACACUUCUAGAUACACAUUGUCUAAAAAUGUAAGUCUUUAAUAGAUAGGGAUAAAGAUGGAUUGAAAAUUGGAUUUAACAAUGGACGUACAGUUGGCUAUUUCUGCCGUUCUAUUAUUCAUGGUUGCACAUUUGCACAUUGUUGGGCCAAAUAACCAUGUCGAUCAGAUGGCCACCGGACUAAUCGUGAGAAAUUAUUUCAAGGGAUAGAUCGUUGUCAUUGAGAAGGGCCUUGUUACAGUACCAUUGCAACAGGUCUCCAGUAAAGACAACAUCCAUAAUUGUGGAACGGGAGAAUGUAAAAUUAGAGCGGCUCGUGCGUAUAAUAGACGGGCGACAGAAAAAAGGAAUAAACUAGAUCCGAUGUCACUGCUCUGUUGGAUUAUCGAAUACGUGAAGGAUUUAAUAUCCUCGAAUCGAAGAUAGCAGUAGCCAACGUUGCAUGCGAUACGUUGCCAAUAUGAUGCCGAUGUUCCUCACCGUGUACCUCAGCAACAAUGACCAGCAUUUCACAGAGGUGCCCAUUACCCCGGAAACCCUGUGUCGUGAUGUGGUGGAGCUGUGCAAGGAGCCGGGGGAGGGAGAAUGCUACCUAGCUGAAAUGUGGCGAGGCUCAGAGCGCGCCAUUGGCGACGGAGAGCGAAUGCUGGACGUGCUCCAGUGUUGGGGACAGCAGAGGGGGGAGGUGCGCUUCCUCCUGCGCCAUGACCGGGCACCCUGCAGAGAGUCAGGCGGACCAAGGGUCUCCGAUCACUCCGCUAAAAGGAACAUGGUCAAGGUCCCUGUGGACCGAUGCGUGGAGAAUGGGGUGGCACCACCUUGCAUGGACAUCACCCUCUCGGAGCUGCAGGAGUUGGCGUCACGGCAACAGCAGCAGAUCAAUUUGCAGCAGCAGCUCCUGGCCUCAAAGGAGCAACGUCUGCGCUACGUGAAGCUGCAGGAGCAGCAGCAGCAGGCGUCAGAGCAUGAGAGACUACGGCAGCUUCGUGAGAACGCUGAGAACCAGGAGACCAAGCUGCGGCGGGUGCGGGCCCUCAAGGGUCAAGUGGAGCAGAAACGCCUCAGCAACAGCAAACUGGUGGAGGAGAUAGAGCAGAUGAACGGGCUGUUUAAGAGUAAGCAGUGCGAGCUCCUGGUGGCCGUCUCGAGAGUGGAUGAGCUGAGCAGGCAGCUGGAGACCCUGAAAAGCGUCAAGAUGGAGCCCUCUCAUGACGGCCCGAGCUCCGCCGGCGAGCUGGAGCGUCUUUACAAGGAGCUGCAGCUGAGGAAUAAGCUGAACCAGGACCAGAGUGCCAAGCUGCAACAGCAGCGUGAGAGCCUGAGCAAGCGCAACCUGGAGGUGGCCACCAUGGACAAGCGAGUGGCCGAACUCCGCGAACGCCUGUGGAAGAAGAAGGCAGCGCUACAGCAGAAGGCGAACUUGCCCGUCCCCACAAAGAGCCAGGCCCUGCAGCCAUGUGGCCCUUCCAGGGUGGCGGCUGUGGGCCCUUACAUCCUGUCCUCCACUGCGGCCCCAGGGCCUCCGGUGCCCAGCCGACAGGAGCUGCUGAUCAAGCCUGCCUACCCCGACGGCACCACCACCUUACCCACGCCAGACUCCUCCAUGAAGGCCCCUCCUAGACCGCUUAAACCCUACUCAGCUCUGACAGGUUUCCAGUCAUCCAAGACGUCUAAGCUGUCCGACUGGUCCAGCUCCAGUGCAGAGUCCAGCGGCAGUCAUCAUGGCAUGUCCUCUACUCUGCCUCGCAUGUCCAGCCUCUCCUCACAGGGCUCAGGAGAUGCCGAGACCCUCAAGGACCAAAAGGGCCGUCACAUUUCUAUGUUUGACGCCCCGGCUCCCCUCCACUCACAGAACAAUCAGAGCAGCGAGGACCUCUUGAGGGAUACCCAGGCGGGUGGUAAGGCUCUCGGCAAGGUGCCACCUCCUAUCCCUACCAAGCCCCCGACCUUCGGCAAACCGCCCUACAGCACGGGCACCUUCCCGGGCAAGGCAAAACCGUCUGCCUCCCUCCAUCUGUGUGCACCUUCGCCCAUCGCCAUCCACAGCCACACCCUGCCUCUGCCCCCCAAGCAGGAGGCUCCUCCGGCGGCUACGGUGCGCCCCUUCACCCCGGAUCCUCCAGAGUCCACAGCAGCAGUGCCUGUUCUCCAGAAGCCACAGACGGUGGCGGCCUCCUCCAUCUACUCCAUGUACACCCAACAGCCCAGGACAGGCGGGGGCACUCUUACACGCACGCAGCCCAGAGUGUAUGGAAAGCCAGUCAUCUCAGGCAGUGGGGGGCAGCAGUCACUCCUCCAGGACUCCACCUAUUCGGGGGCCGGAGAUUUCGAGGUGGACCAGGGGGGUCCCGGCCUGGCGUCUCCGGCCCCUGAGAGCCAGUGGGGCCAGGAGACGGAGCGGGCCCCUCGUCCCCUCAGCCCCACCAAGCUACUCCCCUUCAUCUCGCACCCUCACCGGCACCCCAGCGACGCCGACCUGGAAGCCCUGCGCCGCCGACUGCACCAUGGCCCGCGACCCCUCAAGAAGCGCAGCUCCAUCACAGAGCCUGAGGGCCCCGCGGGGCCCAACAUCCAGAAGCUUCUCUACCAGAAGACCACACUGGCCGCCAUGGAGACUGUUUUGGGGUCCCCCUACGAGGGUGAAGGUGGAGGAACAUGGAAGGAGGGGGCCAGUGCCGGUGGAGCCCCAGACCGCACUGGUACGUCCCAAGUUUUCACCGCUGCAGCGUCCCUCGCUGAGACCGAGGAAGACGCACAGGUGCCCCCUCGCUCGCCCAUCCCAGAGCCCUCAUCCUCCUCCAGCCACACCAUGCCCCCAUCGCUGGAGGAAGAGGAGCUGGAGCCCUGCCACCCGCCCCCCCAUCAGCCAGAAGCCUACUUGGAGGAGUACCCGCCCUACCCACCCCCUCCAUACCCCAGCGCGGGGGAGCAGGACUUGGGGGAGGACACCCUCAACAUGAAGGCUCCGGAGGUCGCGGGACAGGUCACUAUGCCACCGGGCAAGAGGACCAACCUGCGGAAGGUCGGCUCGGAGCGCAUCGACCACGGCAUGCGAGUCAAGUUUAACCCCCUGGCCCUGCUGUUGGACUCAUCUCUGGAGGGCGAGUAUGAUCUGGUGCAGAGGGUCAUCUAUGACGUGGAUGACCCCAGCCUACCCAAUGACGAGGGCAUCACAGCCCUGCACAACGCCGUCUGUGCCGGCCACACCGAGAUCGUCAAGUUCCUGGUGCAGUUUGGCGUGAACUCCAACGCUGCCGACAGCGAUGGCUGGACUCCAUUGCACUGUGCGGCCUCCUGUAACAAUGUGCAGGUGUGUAAGUUCCUGGUGGAGUCCGGGGCUGCUGUGUUCGCCACCACCUACAGUGACAUGCAGACAGCGGCAGACAAGUGCGAGGAGAUGGAGGAGGGCUACGCACAGUGCUCCCAGUUCCUCUACGGUGUACAGGAGAAGAUGGGCAUCAUGAACCGUGGGGUGGUGUACGCCCUGUGGGACUACGAGGCUGAGGACGAUGACGAGCUGGCCUUCCAGGAAGGCGACUGCAUGACGGUACUGCGGCGCGAGGACAAGGACGAGAUCGAGUGGUGGUGGGCCCGCUGCGGAGACCGAGAGGGCUACAUUCCAAGGAACCUGCUAGGGCUGUAUCUGAGGAUCAAGCCACGGCAGAGGAGCUUGGCUUAAAUUAUAUCGGCUCACGUUCCACCCUACUCGCUGAAAACUACUCCGACUUGAAGUUCAACAAGAAGUUACUUUUGAAAGAGGAAUGAAGAACCUAAAAGUCCAGUGCUACAUUUCACGCUUCUGGUCUUUUUGCAGGAAUGUACACACAGCGCAACUUUUUGUAUUGGAGACUUCUGAACAGUGUUUUUUUUUUUGUAGACGUGUGAUUUUCUGAGCAGAAUCAAUUUGUAAGGGUUUGUAUAACUGUGGCAGUUGGAAAUGUAAAGCGUUUUCUACGUCACGGCAAGAGGCACGCUUAUAUCCACACAAUAUACAGUAUAUAAAAACAUUGGUUGUGUAUUUGACAAUCCUGCUGUGGGUAUACAGUGCCUUCAGAAAGUAUUCAUACCACUUGACUUAUUCCAUAUUUUGUGUUACAGCCUGAAUUCAAAAUGGAUUAAAUUAGUUUUUUUUCUCACCAAUCUACACACAAUAGCCCAUACUGACAAACUGAAAACAUGGUUUAGAAAUGUUUGCAAAUGUAUUGAAAAUGAAAUACAGAAAUAUCUAAUUAACAAGUAUUCACACCCCUGAGUCAUUACAUGUUAGAAUCACCUUUGGCAGCGAUUACAGCUGAGUCUUUCUGGAUUAGUCUCUCUCUAAGAGCUUAACACACCUGGGUUGUACAAUAUUUGCACAUUAUAAUUUAAAAAAUUCUUCAAGCACUGUCAAGUUGGUUGAUCAUUGUUAGACAGCCAUUGUCAAUUCUUGCCAUAGAUUUUGAAUCCGAAGUCAAAACUGUUACUAGGCCACUCAGGAACAUUCAAUGUCAUCUUGGUAAGCAACUCCAGUGUAUAUUUGGCCUUUUAUUUUAGGUUAUUGUCAUGUUGAAAUGUGAAUUUGUCUCCCAGCAUCUGUUGGAAAGCAGACUCAACCAGGGUUUCCUCUAGGAUUUUGCCUGUGCUUAGCUCUAUUCUGUUUUAUUUUAUCCCCAAAAAACCUCCCUAGUCUUUGCCGAUGACAAGCAUACCCAUAACAUGAUGCAGCCACCACCAUGCUUGAAAAUAUGAUGAGUGGUACUCAGUGAUGUGUUGUGUUGGAUUUCCCCCAAACCUAACAAUAUUCAGGACAUAAAGUUCAUUUGUUUGCCACAAUUUUUUUGCAGUUUCAGUUUAGUGCCUUAUUGCAAACCGGAUGCAUGUUUUGGAAUAUUUUUUUUCUGUACAGGCUUUCUUUUUUUCACUCUGUCAUUUAGGUUAGUAUUGUGAAGUAACUAUAAUGUUGUUGAACCAUCCUCAGUUUCUCCUAUCACAGCCGUUAAACUCUAACUGUUUUAAAGUCACUGUUGACCUCACGUUGAAAUCCCUGAGCGGUUUCCUUCCUCUCCGUCAACUGAGUUAGGAAGGACGCCUGAAUCUUUUUAGUGACUGGGUGUAUUUAUACACCAUCCAAAGUGCAAUAACUUCACCAUGCGCAAAGGGAUAUUCAAUGUCUGUUUUUAAACAUUUACCAAGUAUCAUGGCCAUUCUUUGUGAGGCAUUGGAAAACCUCCCUGGUCUUUGUGGUUGAAUCUGUGUUUAAAUUCAUUGCUCGACUGAGGGACCUUGCAGAUGAUUGUAUUUGUGGGGUACAGAGAUGAGGUAGUCAUUCAAAAAUCAUGUUAAACACUAUUGCACAUAGUGAGUCCAUGCAACUACUGUGACUUGUUAAGCAAAAAAAAUAUCUACUUAUUUAGGCUUGCCUUAACAAAGGGGUUGAAUACCUAUUGACUCAAGACAUUUCAGCUUUUCAUUUUUAAUUAAUUUGUUAAAAAAAGGGCAUUGUGUGUGUAGACCCAUGACACAAUCUGUUUUAAUCCAUUUUAAAUUCAAGCUGUAAUGCAACAAUGUGGGAAAAGUCAAGGGGUGUGAACACUUUCCAAAGGCACUGUAGUUCCACCUAGAUUUGAAGCUCUGCAAUGUUGUUACUUUCAGUUUUCCUAUAAAUGUUUAUUUUUCAAUAUUUUGUGUGUACUGUAUGUAGCCUGACAUUCUGUGCUAAUAAUGUUGAAUGCACAAGCUUCAACGACCUUGCUCAACAUCACGUCCUUAUUCCAAUCCUUCAUAUCUUAAAGAGAUGCUCAACGUUGUUCGUGGAAAGGUAUCGUCCUGUAGGUUUUUGCUCCAACCAUAAUCUAGCCCACCCUAUUUAUAACAAUUAGGUGGUUGAUAAACUGAAUCAGGUCAGUUACAACUGCGGUUGGAGCGAAAACCUACAAGAGGGUAGCUCUCCAGGAACAGGGUUGGGCAGCCCCGCACAUGGACCAGACAGAAUAUGACCAGCAUUUUUUGGUUACACAACUUUCAUGAUUAAGCCAUUAUAAAUGCUUUUUAAUCCUUAUAAAUACCUAAUUUCAAUGUAAAUGAUGAAAUACAUAUUAAUAGUAUGUAGACCCUUAACUAUUUAUACAUGUUUAGCCUAUUCAUGACAGUCAUAAAAGUGUAAACACAUUUUAUUAAUGGAAUUGAGUCAUUUAAACCAGUGACAUUUCAAAAACUUUGCUUUCAGCCAAAACUGCAAAAUUCACAUUAAAUGUGUUCUGUGAACAAUCGGUGUUGACCAUCAAACCAAAUAAGUUCAGCUUUUAAAAAGUCAAUAAAAAUAUGCAAAAGGA